UUCCCUUCCCAGUUGCCCACAGCAAUCUCCCCUCCCUCCAACCACUCCCCUCGCCAUGGACGGCGGCGGCGGCGGCUACAGCCCGCGGUUCCAGCGCCAGGCCUCCUGCUCCUGCGCCCCCUCCAUCUCCCGCCGCGGGUUCGUCCGCGCCGGCUUCGACCUCGACGGCGACGACUACUACUACGACGACGACAUCUUCCCCUCCUCCUCAUCGUCCUCCGGCGGCGCCGCCGCGUACGAAAAGGUCUACGGGGCCCCGCGGCCGUCCGCGCGAGCGAGGCUGAGGGGCCUGUGGCGCCGCAUCAUGCGGGAGAAGAAGCGGAUCCUGCUCUGCACCACCGGCUGCGUGCCGGCGGCGGCGCCGCCGCACCGGGAGCCCUACGAUGCCUACAGCUACGCGCAGAACUUCGACGACGGCGCGGCCUGGGUGGAGCCAGAGAACCUCUCUCGAUCCUUCUCCGCGCGCUUCGCCGCCCCUUCCAGGGUGCUCCAGAGGGUCGCCGUGUAGAGGCUCCGCUCCAACAGACCGCCGGACGGCCGCCGGCGGCUUGAAUUUUUUUUUUCCUUUCGUCUUCGCCAAUUUUGGAGCCGUAAAUUGUGAAAAGAGAAGCAUCGAUCCCAUCUGUAAAUGCAUUCAGUUUUUUCAUGUCAUCAAUUUAUCCACCAAAUUUUCAUC